UGGCGAGUUAAGACAAUCGGCAAGGAGCGCGAGCCGCAUCUCCGGAAGCUCGAUCCCGUCAGCGCGCGCCGCUCGGUUUCCGUCUGAUUGAAGCCCAGUGUGUGUGUGUGUUUAUAGCUGUUUAUAUUAUAUAUUUAUAUAUUUUUUUGUUGUAUAUAUUUUUUUAAAUAUCUAUUUUGCGGUUGGUUCCUAUGGAAACGCAGCGUCUGGAGAACGGAAUGCCGUGUCAGAACCAGAAGCAGGUGUUGAACACCGAGAAGCGCGAGCUAGAGCACGCGGCCAAGCAGGUCCGGUUCGCGGAGAGAAGCGACGGAAGCGUCAGCACGAGCGCUACUUCAGCACGUGGAGAAGCAGUAGGAGAACCGGUGUGUGAUCACGGUAAUGAGGACACCUCCGGUAGUGACGCGGCCAAACAGAUCGGACCUCAACUCAAACUUCUGCCUCUAAACGACCAGAUACGCGAGCUGCAGACCAUCAUCCGGGACAAGUCCACCAGUCGAGGUGAUUUUGUGUUUUCUGCUGACAGAUUGAUAAGAUUGGUGGUAGAAGAGGGACUCAAUCAGCUUCCGUACAGCGAGUGCACUGUGAUCACACCCACAGGUCACAAGUAUGAGGGAGUGAAGUUCGAGAAGGGAAACUGUGGUGUGAGCAUCAUGCGCAGUGGCGAGGCGAUGGAGCAGGGUCUGCGAGACUGCUGUAGGUCAAUCCGCAUCGGGAAGAUUCUCAUCCAGAGUGAUGAAGAAACUCAGAAAGCCAAAGUUUUCUACGCCAAGUUUCCUCCUGACAUCAGCCGCAGGAAGGUGCUGCUAAUGUACCCCAUACUGAGUACGGGGAACACUGUGAUUGAAGCGGUGAGGGUACUAAAGGAACAUGGCCUCCAAGCCAAACACAUCAUACUGCUGAGUCUUUUCUCCACACCACAUGGUGCGAGGUCCAUAGUGAAUGAGUUUCCUGACAUCACAAUCCUGACAACGGAGGUUCAUGCUGUCGCUCCAACACACUUCGGCCAGAGAUACUUUGGCACAGACUGACUGACACACACACACACACACACACCCACACACACACCGUUUUGACCUAUCAUGAUUCAUCCAGCUGCAGAAGUAUUGUAACAUUUCCAAUUGGUCCAUUUCCAGUGUUCCUGAAACGUUUAUGUUUAGUAUUCUCUCAGUGUUCCUUCUCAUAUCCCGAACUCUACACAGCCUGGACAAUGUGUGGGCGGAGCUUCUGCUGCCAGAGCACAUGAGCACAGGGUCAAUCUGGUGCCCCGCCCUGUAUUUACUAUGGACAUGCCUCUUUUAAUGCUAAAAUGGUGCAGUGACACGGUUGUGAUGUAGCUUUGCGAAAAACAUGCUACGACUCGAUACGAUACACUCCGUAAUCCAGCGCUGAGUUGAGAAAUCAUGAGACGUCCAUGAGAAAUAUUUUUGACAUCCUUCACCUAAAUGGAGUUGUUUUUCUUUACGCCUUUCACCAGUGGAAUUGUCUCCGAGCGCUGUUACUUUAGACCACAGUCUGUAUACCAAACAUAGCAAAUACACCAUACUUGAAUUUCUAUAUAUUUUGCAGAUCCAUCAAUCACCUCAGAAGCCCCGCCCACAUCCAGGAACAUCACCGGGAAAGACGAUAAAAGCUCGAGUCAAAUCGUCUGAUGAAUCGGAAUUGGGCGGGGCUUUAAAAAAAAAAAAAACAGGCCAUGUGAUUAUAAAUUCGGCUUCGCUCUCAGGUUGGUCCAGUUCACGCACGUGUGGGUCGGGGCUCGGAACCCGAGGUUCUGCAGGUUUCCGGAGCUCAGAGGACACAUUCCCGCUUGGAACGCUCACACUUACGCUCACUCAGCCACUGGAUUAUUCCUCUGUGUUCUGCUGAAUCAGUGCUAUGACUAAAUCUAUUAUAUAUCAAAAAAAUUAAAAUAUUUUGUACUGAA